GGGGCGGUUCCCGUUCCGCUCUCGGCUCCGGUUCCGGCGGCGGGGCGGCCCGCGGCCCAACAUGCCAUGUCCGCGCUGAGCUGGAAACCCUUCGUGUACGGCGGGCUCGCCUCCAUCGUGGCCGAGUUCGGCACGUUCCCCGUGGACCUGACCAAGACGCGGCUGCAGGUGCAGGGGCAGAGCGCCGACGCGCGGUUCCGCGAGGUGCGCUACCGCGGCAUGUUCCAUGCCCUGUUCCGCAUCUGCCGCGAGGAAGGAGGCCGAGCCCUCUAUUCGGGGAUCGCCCCUGCGCUGCUGAGGCAGGCGUCCUACGGCACCAUCAAGAUCGGCAUUUACCAGAGCCUGAAGCGGCUGUUCGUGGAUCGCUUGGAAGAUGAAACGUUGUUAAUCAAUGUAAUCUGUGGAGUGGUUUCAGGGGUGAUCUCCUCUGCACUUGCCAAUCCAACAGAUGUGCUGAAGAUCCGAAUGCAGGCUCAAGGCAGUUUAUUCCAGGGUGGCAUGAUUGGCAGCUUCAUCGACAUCUACCAGCAGGAGGGUACCCGAGGCCUCUGGAGGGGUGUUGUCCCAACAGCCCAGAGAGCUGCCAUCGUGGUUGGGGUGGAACUGCCAGUCUAUGACAUCACCAAGAAGCACUUAAUUCUAUCAGGCCUGAUGGGCGAUACAAUCUUUGCCCACUUCAUUUCCAGUUUUACGUGUGGGCUGGCUGGGGCCAUUGCUUCCAACCCUGUGGACGUGGUGCGGACGCGGAUGAUGAACCAGCGAGCGAUAGUGGGCAGCGUGGAGCUCUAUAAGGGCACUCUGGAUGGUCUCGUGAAGACAUGGAAGAGCGAGGGAUUCUUUGCACUCUAUAAAGGUUUCUGGCCAAACUGGCUUCGGCUCGGUCCCUGGAACAUCAUUUUUUUUAUCACAUAUGAGCAGUUGAAGCGACUUCCAUUCUGAGAGCUGACUUCAUUCCACGGGUGUCAUCUUCAAGACUUGCAGCAGUGUUUUGCUGCAGCCUUCCUCUUCAUUUCACCAUCCCCGUCUUUUGAUGUUUUGGUACAUGUGGGUCUGGACUCUCCCCCUCCCCCAAAUGCAUGGUCCCUGGAGCAUGUUCUGGCUGAAGUAUAACUGAGAGGCUGAUUGCAGGUACUGCAUGUUGUUUUUUUCCACACAGAAGCAAGUAUUAACUGUGUACAAGUGUCUGGGCCUGAAGCAAUAUCUUCUGUGAAGAUCUGUGCAUUCCAGUGGCCUUUUGAUGCAGCUGUGGUUUGUUGUUUGGCUCAUGUGCAUUGUUCUGCCGUGCCUGUGGGGUGAGGCUGGAGGCUGGAAAAGGGGUGCUGUCGUGUUUCCUUGCAGAACUGUAACCUCAUUAAAUUAUUUAUUGACUGGAUGGUAUGAGUCUGUGUUUGUGCAGGCUUACAGUAGGUAUAUUUUCCAGAGCAGAUGGUGUGUCUGCCCUUGGGGAGAACAUAAAGUAUUUUUUCUGCACACUGUGUAUCUUUUUUUUUCCCAAGUACAUUUUUUUCUUAUCAAUUUUUACGUUUUGUUGUAAUAUAAAAGUUUCUAAAACACAGGUUGUUACUGUCAGGAAAUUGUGACCUUAGUUUUGCAAAACCUCAGUCUCUCAUAACCUUAUUGCUUAUAUUAUUUUUAAAGCAAAGUAAAUUGAUUUCAAACUGAGCUCGGAUGCCCCACUUCUUUAAAAUGGUGGUCUAACAUUUCCAGUGUGAUGCAGAACAUCAGGUUAUUUUCAUCAUUCUCUUCUGUGUUUUAUUUUUAUUUUUAACAUAUACAUCUAUGAAAGCAUACAGCUUAGGAUUUCCUAUUUCCUUCCUUCUUUAUGGGGCAGCUUUAGUUUGGAUGAAGGUCUCUUGUGACAUACAGCAAUGCUUCCUGUUCAUGAGUGCUGUAAACCGAGAUUCUGUGUGCAAAUUGCACAAGGGAUGCUCGGCCGAACUGAGGGAAUUGUUUGCUGUGGUUUUGCAAAGACCUGGGUGUACUGUACAAACUGAAUGCAUAAGGAAUUUGACUCCAGUAAACUUUUGAACUUAAAUCAUGCCAUGAACAGAGUAGUAGCCUGUAGGUAUUCCUACAGGCCCACAGCUCCUUCUCGUAGGGCUGGGAGGAUUGUUUUCAGAGGUAAACGACAGGAUGCCAGAGACUGGGAACAGUGGAUUGAAAGAAAUGGAUGACAUGCAUAUGCUUCACCUUGCUUUACUCUUCAAGAGAAUUUCUAAACAUUGCAAGUAAAUAAAUAGUUGUGAUGGAUGAAUAUGAGUCCAUUUGAGAAAUGUAAUUUAACUUCAGUUCCAUAAAUUCUUUUGGUUUUCUUUGGUGUUCCUGUAACUUCAGUUCCGGAGCAGUUUCUUCUGUGCAACUCCAUGCUAUAUUGCUAUUGUUAAUUUUUGGACUGCUCAUGUGACAGUUCUUUGCGAUCAGCUGUUGCUAACCUGUCUUUGUUCUUCAGGCUGCCACAAGGAGCUCCUCAGAAAUGCAUAAAGAAUGUAUCCAUGGCCA